AGGUCAGACACAGGGAUGGACCCAGAACCAAGCUCCUGGGGAUUGCUGGGGAUCCUGGACUUGCUGCUGGCCCUCUGCUCCACGCUCCUCUGUGCCACACCUGCACAAACCUGCUAUAUGCAUGGCCACAUCUGUCAUACAGCUGUUCACGCAUGUUCACAUACUUGUCACACACCUGUCUGUACCUGUAUACACUUGUCACUCACCUGUCCACAUCUAUUCAUGCCUAUCCUGUACCUGCCCAUGCAUGCCCACACUUGACCAUGAAUGUACACAUCUGUCCAUCUCUGUCUACCUUGUUUAUACCUGUCCACCCACUCUUUAUUUGCCCACACCCGCUCUCAUCUGCCCACGUAUAUCCACAGGUGUCCACUCCUGCCUACCCCUGUCCAUCCCUGUCCACAUUCUUCACUCCCGUCUCCACCUCUUCACCUCUGUUCACCCUGCCCACCUCUAGCCACACCUUUGCACAUCUCUCCACACCUGCUCUUCUGUCCACAGCUAGCGACACCUGCCCAGGCCUGUCCACCCACCCAUACCUGCUCAUGUCUGCCCACUCUCAUCUAUGCCUGACCAGGCCUAUUCCUACCUGCCCAGACCUGUCCUGCCUUCCUGCCAGGGUCCACACGUCUAUGUAUAUCCACACCUGGAGAUGCAUGUGCACACCUGUCCACACUGGUUCACACCUGUCCAUAUCUAUCUAUAUCAUCGACACAUGCCCAUGCCUGGUCAUACCUGUCUACGCAUGUCUACAGUGUCCAUGCAUAGUCACAGCUGGCCACACCAUGCCCCUUCACCUCUGUCCACACCUGUCCACCUUUAUUCACAUCUGCUCACUCUGUCCAUGCUUGUCUCCACCUGUCUCCACCGAGCUACAAUUGUCCACACCUGCUCGUGCCUGCUUCUUGCCUCUACCAGCCCAGGCUGUUUACACUUGUCUCCUCACACACCUUCCCGGCUCCGCUCCAGAGACCCUCCUGGAAGGGGGGCUCUCCACAAUCCCUCAGCCUCCCCUGCCCAUGGAGAGCUGUUCCCCAUCUCCCCUCUGCAUUCUUCGGUGUGUCCCAGGUCAACCGGGUUUUCUCCAAGACACAGGUCUGCACGGUGUUCAUGUUCCGAUUGCACCGGCGUCAGAUAGACCAGUUUGCCGCAAGCCGGCAUCUCCAGCGGCAGUGCCCAGCACUGAGUGUGGCAGGAUCCCAACGGGUCCAAGUUCUCAGUGGCCAUGUCAACCAGUGUCAGAGCCAGGAGAGAAGCGGAGGAUGCGGCUGGUGCUGAAAGAGGCCAAAGGGCUGGCGAGUGGAGCUGCCUGCACCCUCACAGUCAGCAACUGUGGGCUAAUGCUGUGCUCAUUGUCCUCCUCCCAGAAGGCAGACAGCGUCUGGCACUGAUGCUACCACACCGCAACUGACACACAGACAGAAUGAGGCGGCCGGUUUUCGACCUCACCAGAGUUCUUCUUGGAAAAACAAGAGACUUUACAAAAACAGGUGAAAUCAUCCUAGUUACAUGUGUGCAUGGUUGUCAACACUUGCAUUUGAACAUUAACUUUGCAGAAAGACUUUCAAAAGCCAAUUCUGUUUUGCAUUCACCGCUCACUGCUCCGACCUCUGGUCACUCUGCCUGGGGUGGCUCUGCUGGGGUGGCUCUGCCUGGGGUGGC